AAACGAAGGAAGCCUCUAUCAAGUUGUUUGCUGUGAAUUUUUGUCUGAAUUUUGACCUUUCUUGCGGCUAGAUGGCUGGAGAUCGAAUACAUCUAAAGCUGGAUAGUACUGCUGCGGCUUCUAUAGAUCAAUACUUGGAAUAUCGAAGGUUUGUCACCUAAAUGCGAUCUAAAAUAGCAAUUUAAAUCGAAGCGAGCUUGGUUAUUGGCUGGCAUGCAGUAGCAGCAUUUUCGUGUGAAAUGAGUCAUUUACAAUGGUUCAGGUCUUCCAAACCUAUAUAAACCUAACAGCUGCGAUUUUGCAUUUCAAUGAAUGCUGCAACAGAAUUGCAGGGUGCGCGCAGUUAGCUGGAGACACACUUGUGCUACAUUUGCAUAAUUUCGAAAAGACUGUUGUUAUUUUUUUUUCUCAGAAUUGUUGGGGAUGACGAUGGAGGAAAACUCUUUACUCCUGAAGAAUAUGAAGAGUACAAGAAAAAAGUUCUGCCACAGAGAAUGAAGAACAGGCUGUAUGUAAGUUGGACAGCACCAAACGGUAUGGAUUGCAAGAUGGUCGGCCCUGAAACAAUGUGUUUCUGCAAUCACAGGUGAGAAACGCAAAAAUGGAAUUACUGACAAUUAUUAGAUGACUUUGAGCAAAGUAUCGUUGAUUGACAGCAACGAGAAAAUCGAUACUAAUGAGUGAUCUGCGAGACGCUAGCAAAUCAGAUAUUUUGGGGUAAGCGAGACGAUUGUCCUAUUAAUCGAUUACUAUUUUUUUUUCAUUAUUUCGUAAACUUCAGCCGCAUUGGUAAACUAGUUUAUACCACAGUUUUCUUUAAUCAAACAACUGUAUGUAUAAUGAAGUAUGGAUGAUAUGGGAAUCUUGGCUUUUAAUUAUUUUUUUUGGGGGGGGGGUAUUUCUUUGGCAGCUUAAAGAAGUGAUCUGACAAUUUGCAUGAAUGAGCAUGGACAUUUCUACUUGUAAGCAGAAUGUUCUUUGAGGAGAUUACAGUAUGACAGUAUUACAUAUGAGCAAACCAUUUCCUGGAGCCAUUUAUCAGCAGUCACAUGUAGGGUCACAUAGAGAAAUAGAAAAAAAGCAAAAUAAAUAAUUUGGUAACAUUUUAUUCCAAAAUACAAGAAAUCAAACUUACAAAGAACUUUUAAUGCUUUUUUUCCAACAUAGGUACAAACAACACAAAACUGAUUAUGAGACACUACCGCAAAUCAGACCGAUCCCAGUCCCUUGCCGUGUUAGUGGCUGUAAAUGUAAGAGUUACCACUAUGUACCAAAGAAUGGCACCCAGCCGAUCAGAUGCCAGUGUAAACACUUUGCUGAUGAUCAUUUUGAGGUGGUACCAUAUAAGUGUUCAAAAGGAUGUGCAUGUAAAAAAUUCAGAAGUUCUUACACUUGUGGCUGUGGAGAACCAACUUAUGCUCACAAGGUUGGUGAAAUGUGCUAUUGUUUUUAACUUAGGGUCCUAGAUGAGUAAGCAAACCUUCUCCCACCCCUCCCUUCCUCCUGCCCCGUUUUCAGAGGUCUUAAGAGAAAAUGAGACAUAAUUAAAAUUUGCUAGAAUUUCUGUAGACAAUUUUGCUUUGGCUCCUGCAAAUUUUUGUUAAUCAAAGAAGGAACAGCUCAUAUUUCAUACUCAUAUAUAAAUGCAGUAAAACUGUCCAAACUUUACCUCACUGUUAGAUUUAGAUUUUAAAAAAUCAGCUCUCACAUACUCUCUCUGGAAGACUGGGAUUCUUAUCCCACAAUCUUACUUUUGGCAUAAAAUUAAUUUUUUUCAUGGGGCUGACACAAUUACUGAAGAAUAAAAUGAAUUUUCAAAAUAAAUUUAAAUGUAUCGGUUAAGAGUCUCAACUUGCAGAAGGUAGACCAGACAGUGGGCUGUUCUUAGAGCACAACCACUGAGUUUGUCUUGAAAAAAAAAACAACAACAACAAAACCAACAAAAAACAAAACAAAAAAACCCUCAUCUAGAGUAUUCCUACUUAACCUUUUACACCUAGCAUCAGUAUAUGUAUUCUUCAUACUGUUCUCUAUACAAUAAUGCACUGACAAGAAGAAUUGAUAUAACAGUCAAGAGCUUCUUUAGUUUGUGAUUAUUUCCUGUGUUCUCAUGACCUUAAUGUGUGAUAUGUGGGGUGAUAUUCUAAGGAGAAAUUAGAUGUCAGUCACUCUAUAGGUUCAGAGGGUUAGAUAGCAGGGAAGAGGACUUGCAUCUGGUUCCACCAGGUUUCAAGUCCAGUACUCACAGUAACCAUUUGACUUUAAUGAACUAUGCAUAGAGCAAGCUGUCUUUGUUUCACUAUUGAAAUUUUUCCCCACAAGACAAUUGUUGAAACAAAAGAAGAACGCAUAUCUCGUGGCCACCCAACAGGCCAUGAUGUGCCUUAUGCUGCCAUGGGUGGAAUCACAGGGUUCAGUUCACUGAUGGAUGGCUACAUGCGCUUGGAUGACAGUGGAAUUGGCCCACCACCCUUGCAUAUGUUGGAGCAGCCAGUAGGUAUGCAAAAAAAAAAAAAAAUUUGCCAGGGUUUGCUGCCUUCCUAGAUUAAGAACAUGUUCACAAAAACCUCAGAAAAAGACAUUAAAUUCAAGCACAAGAGCUCUGCUUUAACUGGUGUUCUUUUUUUUAAAUAUGUAUAACAGGAGUUUUUCCAUACUGCGCAAGAUGUCUACAGUUUUUCAAUUUUGUUGUUUUUCCUAGGACCUAAUGACCACCCUUUCCUCAAAGCACAAGCUGGUCUGGCUGGGCUGUCAUUAGAGGAUGGGAUGGGUGCUGGUGCAGGACAGGUGGCACGUAGAACCACUGAGGAAGAGGACAUGGCCUAUUUUGAGAAGCGAUACCAAGCCAGAGUGAGUGAAAUUUAAUGUAAAUCUCUUUGAGUUUUGUUCACAUUUACGAGUUACAAUAUGUAGCAAGACUUGACAAGUAAACAUUCCUGGUUUUACAGCUGAAGGCAGAAAAGGAACAGUCUAGAGUGCAGCGAUCGCCACAACCUAAGAGGUUGACAGGGCCAGGCACUACACAGCAGAGCACAGGGAGUGCCUCAAGGAAGACUGGCCCUAGUAAGAUGAAAUCAGCAACCAAACCUGUAUCCUCUCGAAGCUCUGUAUCCCAAACUGGAAGGCAGAGCAACAGAUGAUGAAACAUCUUGAGGGGAUUACUGGCAUAGAGAGAAAGUGUGUGUAGUGGUGUGUCUAAGAUGGGGGAGAAGGGUUUUUGUCUCUCACUUGAUGUGUCCCAUGCUCUAAUAACCCCCUGGAAGGAGAGGGCUCAUAGAUUACUUGGGCUUACAAGAGAGAGGGGCU